AUGUCCUCCGAAUUGCUAGAGGGCCUUGUCUCCUCUAGCAAAGCAUCAAUCUCUGUUCUCCUUGUCCUGGUUUACGGCUACAUUCUACGGAGAUUUAGCUUCAUUUCGGCCGAAGGAGAGCACAACGUCACUCAAUUAUGCACGAAACUCUUUUUACCUGCCCUUUUAUUCACCGAGAUUGGGCCGCUGGCGACAGCGCACAACUUGAGGAGUUAUUGGCCCAUCAUCCCGCUGUCACUCUUCUUCCAAAGCAUCGCUUUACUGGCGGCAAUUCUGUCUCGAACACUGGGAAUGCCGCGACAUCUCAUCCCAAUGUUCAUAUUCAACAAUGUCACAUCGCUUCCGCUCCUUUUACUCGGCGCGUUGGCUGCAACAGGUGGCCUUGACCCCUUGGUCACCCCAGAGAGACCUCUGGAAAGCGUCGUCAGGUCUGGAAGGGUCUAUAUCCUCAUCAACGCACUCGUCGGAAAUCUUGCGCGUUUUGCAAUUGGACCUUAUCUUAUGAAAGUUCCCGAGACCGAGGUACAGAUGCACUCCUACGGGAACGGACCAGAAGAAGAGGAGCAGGAUUUAUUACCUGAAAAUGGGCGUAUUGCCCUACCAGAGGAUGAGCCUCUACCCUCGUCAUUUCGUCAACGGCUCGAAGCUACUCCUCAUUCAAUAAAGAGUAUCGUGCGAAUUCUCAACCCGCCUCUAGCGGGUGGCCUGCUCGCGUUAAUAUUUGGUCUCAUACCCUGGUUUCAUGCCAAUCUUUUUGGUACCGGUGUGCUGUCUCCUAUUGCGGAUAGCAUCAACACCAUAGGAAAACUCUUUAGUGCGUUGCAAAUGCUUGUUUUGGGUGCCAGCUUGUAUUCGAAGAAGGGUUCCAGUGUCAAGCCAAUACUUUUAGCUUGGCUUUUCACCUACCGCUUCGUGGUGGCUCCAGCAUUGUCCAUCGGCGUGAUAUAUUAUCUCACUCUGAGAUGGCCCACUCUUCUGGGGAGUGAUCCAAUGCUACGCUAUGUGUUGUGCAUGUCGAACGUUGGUCCGCCAGCUUUAACGCUUUCCGCGGUCGCUGUCAUGGCGAAGCUGCCUCAAGAUGAGGAUGCUCAAGUCUCACGAAUCUUAACGUUUUCAUACGGCCUGUCGCCUCUCAUAGCGUUCCCCGUCACGAUAGCUUUGUCAAUCACUAGAAUAUAA